UUGGGGGGGGCGACUUCCUGGGGCCGCCCGUGAGGAUGUCGCGACCGCCCCCCUGUGCCCCUCAGCCCCGGAGACGCCGCCUCGGCGAAGCCCGCACCCCCCCUGUCUGAGGUGUCUGGGCCCGGAUCCGGCCUCUCCCCUCCCCUCCUUAACCCAGGUGCGGGCCGGGCAGGCGGCCGCGGCAGAUUUUAUCAUGUGGGCAACCUGCUGCAACUGGUUCUGCCUGGAUGGACAGCCUGAGGAGGUCCCACCAGCCCCCGGAGCCAGGACACAAGCCUAUUCCAACCCUGGGUACAGCUCCUUCCCAUCCCCAACAGGCUUGGAACCAAGCUGCAAGGCCUGUGGGGCCCACUUUGCAAACACAGCCAGGAAGCAGACCUGUUUGGACUGUAAGAAAAAUUUCUGCAUGACCUGUUCAAGCCAAGAGGGGAAUGGGCCCCGCCUCUGCCUUCUCUGCCAACGGUUCCGAGCCACAGCCUUUCAGCGGGAAGAGCUCAUGAAGAUGAAGGUGAAGGACCUGAGGGACUACCUCAGCCUCCAUGACAUCUCUACUGAAAUGUGCCGGGAGAAAGAAGAGCUGGUAUUCUUGGUGCUUGGCCAGCAGCCUGUAAUCUCCGAGGAGGACAGGACUCAUGUCCCAACCUUGUCCCCKGACUUUCCUGAGCAGCAGGCCUUCCUGACCCAGCCUCAUGCCAGCACAGUACCUCCUACCUCACCCAGCCUCCCUUCUUCACCUACACAAGCCACCUCUGUUCCUCCUGCUCAGGAAAGUCAGCAGGCCAAUGGCCAUGUGUCUCAGGACCAAGAGGAGCCUGUCUACCUGGAGAGCACAGCCAGAGCACCUACCGAGGAUGAGACCCAGUCCAUUGACUCUGAGGACAGCUUUGUCCCAGGCCGGCGGGCCUCUCUGUCUGACCUGACCCACCUGGAAGACAUUGAAGGCCUGACGGUGCGGCAGCUGAAAGAGAUCCUGGCUCGAAACUUUGUCAACUACAAGGGCUGCUGUGAGAAGUGGGAGCUGAUGGAGAGAGUGACACGGCUGUACAAGGAUCAGAAAGGACUCCAGCACUUGGUGUGUGGUGCUGAGGACCAAAACGGGGGAGCAAUGCCGUCUGGACUGGAGGAGAACCUGUGUAAGAUCUGCAUGGACUCACCCAUUGACUGUGUUCUGCUGGAGUGUGGCCACAUGGUAACCUGUACCAAAUGUGGCAAGCGCAUGAAUGAAUGUCCCAUCUGCCGGCAAUAUGUGAUCCGAGCUGUUCACGUCUUCCGGUCCUAAGGGCUGGCACCGGCUUCUUCAGUGCCUUACAGGGAUAUAGCCCAGGGUAUCUGGGCUCAGGGUUGGUCAGCUUGCAGAGGGGCAGGCUAACAGGAAAUUUUGUAGUGUUCCCAAGACCAGGGCAAGCAAAGAUGCCAUGUUAUACCUCGGCAUGCUUGUCUUGCCAUAGGGGUGCACCUCUUGGCUGGCAGAGCCCCCGAGGCCAGUGGGAACUGGUACAAAUCACAUGGGUGAGUGCCUGCAUUAGUGAUCUUGGGUGAUGGUAGUAACUGAUGAACAGAGGACUUUCCAGAACUUGGACCAUGUCUUCCUUCCUGAGAACCUAGACACAUUUUCACCCUUCCUCCUGUAUCCCACCAGUCAGAAGUCCUCCUAGAUCCAGCACAUUUGGAUUUAAACUUCUGGUCUCUCUGGCUUUCUGUGCUUUAACAUACCUGUCUUUUGCUAUACUGCCUAAAAUCCGUUUGUUUCUUUGGACCAAAAAUGUGUUAGUUUAUGUGGUUAAGACCAACAGUGGUACUUAGGACAGAAUUUGGAUCAGUAAACUUACCUCUGGUGAGAAAAUUCUAUAGGAAAAUGUUAUAGAAAAUUUUCGAUUUGUGAAGUCACUUCCUUAAGGGUUGGGAUUGGGAGCUAUCAAUCUCCUAACCUGAUCUAGGGAGCCAACAAAACAUCUGACUCCCAAACAGCUGGGAAAUCUAGUCUAGUCUUUGUGUGCAAGGGAUGGUGCAUGGAUACUCUAUUGCUUCCUCUUUGGGGGCUUGACCUUGCAACAUCCUGAACUUCAGAUUAUGAGGAAGGGGACGCAUUUGGUGGAGGCAGUGGCUUUCUUCUUAACUUUGGCUUCUGAUCCUCUUCCUACAGACAGGACUGUUAACCAUUUCAAUGAAAUUUCUCCCUUUCCCACUGAGGUUUUAAACUUGGUCUCACCCAAGGCAUAGACAGGCUCAGGCAAAGAGCGUUGCUCUCCUCUAGCCAGACUUCUCAUGAAGUUCCUGGAAAAAUACAUGUAAGAGCACCUAACUAAACAGCUGGAAGUCCCUGCUUUAAUUUCCUUUCUCAUUCUGUAGAUUUGGGAACAGCAUUAUCUGGACCAUUUAUGAAGGGCCAUGUAAUGAGUAGGUAAUGUUUUUGAGCCCUCCGACUGUUUUUUAUACCCCUGAAUGAGCUGGAGAAGCACAAAAGAGCACAGAACACGCCUGCUGUCAGAACUGUGUGCGCCCAUUACCAACAGAUAAAACACACUCGGAAUACCCAAGGGCCUUGGCAGAAUCUCCCCUCUCCCAAUAUGCUGCAGCUGAGGUCCGAGACUAGAACCAAUCAAUUGUGAUUCUGGAAGGCAGAGGAAAACUUCUAAGGGGACCUAUUAUCUUAGAAAGUUUUUUUUAUCAUCAACCACUAAACACCUUAAGAGGUGUAGUUGGCAAUGUUAUUCUGGGCCACUCGACUCAACCUUAUACCAAGUCAGAAUAAUCGGGCCACAGUUGGCAUCAGAUUUUCCUGUCAAGACUCUGCCUUUCACCUUUCUGCUGAAUAGUUAGUACUGUAGUUUAUAAUGCCUACCAGUUUAUCAAAGGGAUUGAUUCAGCUUCCUCAAUUCCACUGUGAAACAGAUCUGUGUAUGCAACUCAGUUAGAUCUAGCAAUAACUUCAAGGCUCUCCCUCCUUUCUCUGCUGAGGCCUCAUCUCCCCUACCUCCCAACUUUCCUCCUAGAUAGAUAGGAAYUGAAAAUAACAUACUGGUGGCUGGUUGGUGACCUCAGUAAGAAUUGGAACUGGUGCCACUCAGUUUUAAAAAUAAGAACUUGCCUUUAAAUCUCAUCUUUUGGUGAAGGUUUCCAUUGGGGAAAAAAGAUGUCAAACAACCGAUUUGUUUUUGUAUUGUCUUUAUUAUUACACCAAAUAAAAGUUGGGAAUUCUAAGAUCCCAUUCCAGUUCAUAUUUAACCCAGGUAGAAAACCUGCUAUUUUAUCCUUGAGCCUCCCCUUUUGUCCCUCAUGGAUCCUUGGUCUUAAUUAUCACAGCAACAUCUAAUUCCUCUAGUUAUUCUGUGGAUUUUGCUGUGAUUGCUGAGAUUUCAGUCAAGACUUGUUUUAAAAGACUUGGACAGCUGACUGGUUCAUAAUACCUUGGAAUAGUUGGAUCCAAACUAAUAAGAAUAAGCUGUACAGGAAUUAGUGCUCAAUAUAUAUUGUAUAAAUUUGUUGAAAUCUCUUGGAUGUGAAUGUUACUUCAAGUGGCUUAUAUUAAGAUUCUCAGACUCACUUGGGUGUUAAAGCAAACCCAAAUGUGUAUUUUUUGUUACAGAGCUCUGCUUUAUAAUUUUGUAAUAAAGUUUCAACAUAGAUGCCUGUUGGAUCUGGUGUGAGGAUGCCAGAGGUCUGCUAGAUUAUUGACAAACUGAUAAACUACAGGUAAAUCCAAGGCUAUGUGCACAAGGUAUGCUCUUGAGAGAUUAUUUUUUGAAAUGUUGGGCCAUGGGACCUUGGUCAGUAUCCCUGCUCAGAAGCAGUAUGUGGAAGAGGCCAUAAAACAGCUGGGAAAGGAGAAGAAGCUGUGGUAGGGAAAGGAUGAAUCCCUAGACUAAACGUGAAGAAGCACCAAAUGAGUUCAGAUAUUUACAGUAAUCUAGUUAGUAUUGCUAAGCAUUCAAGAUCUAGGUAGAAAGGAAUCGAGGACAGCCAGUGUAGCCAGUAAAAGUCUUCAGGUUACCCUGGCAGGUGUAUGGUAGCUUUUGGGUACAGUCGUGGUAUGGCUGAAACGGCUCAGAAAAGAUGGGCCCAGCUUCAAGGGUAGACUGUGUGUGCAUAGUCCUGCACAUUCUUUCCUAACCAACUGCCCAGGGGGAGGAGAGUGCAGCCCUUGGGAGAGUAGGGUGAUGUGGAUACAUGUCCUGUGGUUGAAGACAGAAGAGGAGGGAGACUGGCUCAGAGGAAGGUUUGAGGCUGAGGCACAUCAUUUGGUAACAGUGCUGUGGACGGUACCCAGUGGUGACUUCUACCUGUUGCCAGCCAGCAGCAUCUAAAGAACAGCUGAAAAGGGGGCAGGUGGCCAGUGGCCUGGGGAGGUUUAACAUGGUGAUGAUUAGGGUCAGGUAGAAAUAAAGGAUAUAAGAUUGUAUAUACAGUUUAAUCUGUGCAGCAACGAAAAAGAUGCACCCAAGACUGGAAGGAAACAUACAAAAGACUGAUGAAGGUAAAUUGAAGCUGAUAUCCAGGAAGGCAGAGAAGGGUCAAGGGCUGAGCUUGUGGCUAAGAUCAUGGCCUGUGGCUGGGAGGCUGCCCCGAGGAUGAAAAGUCAGUGCCUUUGGCAGAACUCGGAGGGAAGCCUUGUUCUGUCCUUGCCCACUUGCUUGGCCUGAGGCUGGAAAUCUAUGCAGGCCAUUGCUCAGAGCAGCAGCUUUGUGUCCAUAGGACAGACUAGGGUGUCUUAGUCCCAAUACUGAAGCCAGACUGAAGGGUGCCAGUUCAAAAACAUGAGGUGUCCUUUCCUAGCAAGGACAGCACCUGCACCACCUCCCUGCCUUCCAGGUGGAAAUCAAGGUCACAUCCAAGCUGGCCUGUAAGAGGCCUGACUGGCAGCCUCCCAUACCUUAGCUGAGUACAUGGGGCAGGGGGGUGUGGCCCUCUAUCUUACAAGUUCAGAUG